AAGCCGCGUGGCGCUUUCGCCCGAUCGCGUACUUUAUCGAAGAAGACUCGAUCGAUAUUGCCGACGACGACGACGAUCACCCAGUGUGCCUCGUCUUUUGGCCCAAAGCCCUCCGCUUGACGCUGCUCGGUCUUGUCCGUACCGUUGCUUUGCUGCGGGAUCACGUCGACGGGUCGUGCUCGGACGACUUUGGGUUCGGGUCUACCCAUGCGCUCUUUGAGGCCGGGGUGCGCUUCUUCAUUGGGGCUCAGCGAGGCCAACGCCUGAGACCGAGAGCCGAGCUUGGACCGGCUCAGUUCGAUCGCUCGAGUCGUUUGGCCAUGGCAAACGUGCUCUUUGACUAUGGCGACCGUGCGCUCAUGGCCGACUAUCUGAGCGGCAUGCGAUGGAAUGCGCACGAUGUCGUCGUCGUACCGUGGGUGGUCUCGGUCGUCCGCCGCUUUGGCCUGCUGGCCAUGACGGAAGCUUUUAGCAGCCUUCACAUUAAGACGUCCGGUACGUUUAGGUCCAAGGUCCUUGAAGGCAUUAAGGCUGACAACCCGUCGUGUGAGCGCGCCUUGUACGAGAUGGCGUCUCGCUGGUGGACCGAUCACUACAGUCUGGGCGGCAAGGGUGGUGGCAACAUCCAGCUCGCUGCAUGGCUCUACGAGAACGCCAUGGCACCGAGCACGCACGUCAACUUGUCAACGCGUCUGCCGGCCGA